AUGCGCAACGUGACUGCACGGCACUGGACAGGUGAACUUGGACCAGCAGCUCCCACUUCUUCCAUUCCUUCCGUCUUGACAAACUACUCAAACGACACCUUUACUUCCUGCUGUCUCGGCGGCAGGAGCCGCCGAGAGAUUCCCCGCUACAGUGCACCUCCCCGCCCUCUCUCACACACUGUGGAGGGACAGGCUAGAACUGAGCCUACAACACAGCAGUCACCUCAGGAUGAGCAGGAAAAGCUCUUGGAUGAAGCCAUCCAGGCUGUGAAGGUCCAGUCAUUCCAGAUGAAGAGAUGCCUGGACAAAAACAAGCUUAUGGAUGCUCUGAAACAUGCUUCUAAUAUGCUUGGUGAACUCCGGACUUCUAUGUUAUCACCAAAGAGCUACUAUGAACUUUAUAUGGCUAUUUCUGAUGAACUACACUAUUUGGAGGUCUACCUGACAGAUGAAUUUGCUAAAGGAAGAAAAGUGGCAGAUCUCUAUGAACUUGUACAGUAUGCUGGAAACAUUAUCCCAAGACUUUAUCUAUUGAUCACAGUUGGAGUUGUAUACGUCAAAUCGUUUCCUCAGUCCAGGAAAGAUAUUUUGAAAGAUUUGGUAGAAAUGUGUCGUGGUGUGCAACAUCCCUUGAGAGGUUUAUUUCUUCGGAACUAUCUUCUUCAGUGUACCAGAAAUAUCUUACCUGAUGAGGGAGAGCCAACAGAUGAAGAAACAACUGGUGAUAUCAGUGAUUCCAUGGAUUUUGUACUACUCAACUUUGCAGAGAUGAACAAGCUCUGGGUGCGAAUGCAACAUCAGGGACAUAGCCGAGAUAGGGAAAAAAGAGAACGAGAAAGACAAGAACUCAGAAUUUUAGUGGGAACAAAUUUGGUGCGCCUCAGUCAGUUGGAAGGUGUAAAUGUGGAACGUUACAAACAGAUUGUUUUGACUGGGAUAUUGGAACAAGUUGUGAAUUGUAGGGAUGCUUUGGCUCAAGAAUAUCUCAUGGAGUGUAUUAUUCAGGUUUUCCCUGAUGAAUUCCACCUUCAAACUUUGAAUCCUUUUCUCCGGGCCUGUGCUGAGUUACACCAAAAUGUAAAUGUGAAAAACAUAAUCAUUGCUUUAAUUGAUAGAUUAGCUUUAUUUGCUCACCGUGAAGAUGGACCUGGAAUCCCAGCAGAUAUUAAACUUUUUGACAUAUUUUCACAGCAGGUGGCUACAGUAAUACAGUCUAGACAAGACAUGCCUUCUGAGGACGUUGUGUCUUUACAAGUCUCUCUCAUUAAUCUUGCUAUGAAGUGUUACCCUGAUCGUGUGGACUAUGUUGAUAAAGUUCUAGAAACUACAGUGGAGAUAUUUAAUAAGCUCAACCUUGAACAUAUUGCUACCAGUAGUGCAGUUUCAAAGGAGCUCACCAGACUUUUGAAGAUACCUGUUGACACUUACAACAAUAUUUUAACAGUCUUGAAAUUAAAACAUUUUCACCCACUUUUUGAGUAUUUUGACUAUGAGUCCAGAAAGAGCAUGAGUUGUUAUGUGCUUAGUAAUGUUCUGGAUUAUAACACAGAAAUUGUCUCUCAAGACCAGGUGGAUUCCAUAAUGAAUUUGGUAUCCACAUUGAUUCAGGAUCAGCCAGAUCAGCCCAUAGAAGACCCUGAUCCAGAAGACUUUGCUGAUGAGCAGAGCCUUGUGGGCAGAUUCAUUCAUCUUCUACGGUCUGAGGACCCUGACCAGCAGUACUUGAUUUUAAACACGGCACGAAAACAUUUUGGAGCUGGUGGAAAUCAACGGAUUCGCUUCACACUGCCACCUUUGGUAUUUGCAGCUUACCAGCUGGCAUUUCGCUACAAAGAGAAUUCUAAAGUGGAUGACAAAUGGGAAAAAAAAUGCCAGAAGAUUUUUUCAUUUGCUCACCAGACUAUCAGUGCUUUGAUCAAAGCAGAGCUGGCGGAAUUACCCUUAAGACUUUUUCUUCAAGGGGCUCUAGCUGCUGGAGAAAUUGGUUUUGAAAAUCACGAAACAGUAGCAUAUGAAUUUAUGUCCCAGGCAUUUUCUCUGUAUGAAGAUGAAAUCAGUGAUUCCAAAGCACAGCUUGCUGCCAUCACCUUGAUCAUCGGUACUUUUGAGAGGAUGAAGUGCUUCAGUGAAGAGAAUCAUGAACCUUUGAGGACUCAGUGUGCACUUGCUGCAUCCAAACUUCUGAAGAAACCAGAUCAGGGCCGAGCUGUGAGCACCUGUGCACAUCUCUUCUGGUCUGGCAGAAACACAGACAAAAAUGGGGAAGAGCUUCAUGGAGGCAAGAGGGUAAUGGAAUGCUUAAAGAAAGCUCUGAAAAUAGCAAAUCAGUGCAUGGACCCCUCUUUACAAGUGCAACUUUUUAUAGAAAUUCUGAACAGAUAUAUCUAUUUUUAUGAAAAGGAAAAUGAUGCGGUCACAAUUCAGGUUUUGAACCAGCUUAUCCAAAAGAUACGAGAAGACCUCCCAAAUCUUGAGUCCAGUGAAGAAACAGAGCAGAUUAACAAACAUUUUCAUAACACACUGGAGCAUUUGCGUUUGAGGCGGGAGUCACCAGAAUCUGAGGGGCCAAUUUAUGAAGGUCUCAUCCUUUAAAAAGGAAACUGGCUCACCAUACUUCUUUCCAUGUACAUCCAGUAAGGGUUUUAUUAUACUAGGUUUCCCCUCCAUAGAUUGUGCCUUUCAGAAAUGCUGAGGUAGGUUUCCCGUUUCUUACCUGUGAUGUGUUUUACCCAGCACCUCCGGACACUCACCUUCAGGACCUUAAUAAAACUAUUCACUUCAUAAGUGCUCAAUCUGUCUGAUCACCCCAGGUAGCACGAUUGAUCUGCUAUUUAAAACUCCUGUGAUCUGUAAACAAAACAAAACAAAAAAACAAAACCCACCAACAACAAAAAAAACAGCAAACCACCACUUAUCUCAGCUACUAAUGAAGCCCUUCUUCCUUUAUUUCGUUUUGUUGGUUGUGUAAUUUCUUUCGUUACUUGGGAGUACUAACCUGAAAGUGUCUGUCUCUUUGUUCUCUAGUCCAAUUUGAGAUUAAUUUAGAGGAAAGGGAUACUGUAUGUGAAAUUCAGCUUGGGUUUUUCCCUAAAUGCAAGAUAAGGCCAUGUGUAAUAUUUUCCCUAAAACUAGAAUAUAUUAAUGCAUGUUUGAGAAUUUUAAAGCACCAUGGUCAAAACCAAAAGCUAUAUUUUGCAUAUUUGGACUCCGUCAUUCAUUAAGAACCUAUGUUUUACUCUGGGCAUAUUUAUCAAAAUAAUUUUGUUCUAAAUAGCAUAAAAUAGAAAAUUCGUGAUCAGUAUAAUUUAUGUAUAACCUUCAUUGUAAAUUUAAGGGGAAAUGCAUCGUACAAUUACCAUGAUUUUUUUUUUUUUUUUUCACCAGUGAAACAAUAAAGUUGCUAUUAACAAUUUUGGACUUUUUACCCUUUCAUGCUAGAUUUAUAGAAGGAGCUAGUAGAAUGCCUGUGGUUAAUAGACAAUCUUAUGUACAACACUUGCUUGUUCAUUUUAAGCACUUCUUGUGCAAGGCACCAUCUAUUCUUCUGUUUAUACCCAUUUGCUUUCCUUGGCCUUAUUCUCUUCUCCUUAGGCAUGGUACUUCCACAUUAAUUCCCAGAAGGCUCACCACCUUUAUCUGUCAUGUAACAAAUUAUUCCAAAACUUAGUGUGUUGAAACAACAGACAUUUAUCUCAUGGUGUUCUGGCUUAGUAAUUUGGGAGCAUCUUAGCCAGUGGUUCUGGCUUAGGGUGUCUCAAGAUUUUGCCUGGAGCUGCAACCAUCUAAAGGUUUGGUUGGGACUGGCUUCCAAGCUUAUUCACAUGACCAUUAUCUAAAGGCCUCUAUUCCUUUCUUUGUGGGCCUUUACAAGGGCAGCUAGAAAGUCUUCAUGACAGCAGCUGGCUUUUCCAAAGUGACCCAUGUGAGAGAGGGCAAAGAGGAAACCACAUGCCUUUUUAUGACCUGACCUUAGAAGUGACAUACUGUUGUUUUUGCCUUCUUCUGUUUGUUAGAAAGGAGUCACUAAGACUAACUCAUACUCAAGAAUAAGAGGAAUUACAUUAAGCUCCACCUCUUGAAGGGAGACUUUGCAAAUGUAUGGACAUUUUCAAAUGAUCACCUCACUUAAUACCUUACCAUCUGCCCCUUCACCCACAUUGAUAGACGUCUAGCACUUCUUAGGUGCUAUGGUCUGAAUGUUUGUAUCCCCCUCUCCCCACCACCCCUGCAAUUUAUAUGUUGAAAUCCUAGCCUCCAAAGAUGUUGAGUGGUGGGGCCUUUGGAAUGUGCUUAGGUUGUGAGGGUGGAGUCUCAAGAAUGGCAUUAGUGCCUUUAUAAAAGAGGCCCAGAGAGCUUGCUUGCUCCUUUCCACUUUGUGAAAACACAGGUUGGCAGUAUGCAACCUGGAGAAGGACCCUCACUCAGCCAUGCUGGUGCCUUGAUCUUGGACUUAACACCUUCCAGAACUAUGAGAAAUAAACUUCUAUUUAUAAGUUA